CAUCACUGUCCACACCUCCCUACCAAGAUCUAUGAUAAAACAGAGAAACCAUGUCUUUUCUCCGAAUAUACCAAGAACUACCCUCUCUAUCACUCUUACCUGCCCAGAGAGUCCUUCAAGCCCAAGCUGGAGUACCGGAAAGGGUGCGCACCAAUGGAAGGCCUGACCACUUCUAGGAGAGAUUUUGGGCCUCACAGGGUGUUACCGGUGAAGAUCCACCAGCCCGACCCAUUUGUCCCAAGUGAAGAGAAUAUGGAUCUGCUCACGACGUAUAAACAAGAUUACAACCCGUACCCUGUCAGUCGAGUGGACCCCAUCAAACCUCGGGACAGUAAAUACCCACGCGGGGACAAGAUGGAGUGUCUGCCUACUUAUAAAGCUGAUUAUUUACCCUGGAACCAACCAAGACGAGAACUGCUUCAUUUGCCACACAGCUACCGGCCAGCGUCAACCAAGUUUGAUAGCCGAACCACACACCAGGAUGACUACUCCAUGAAGGGCCUGGUGAACACCAUGAGCUGUAAGCCUCCGGCCGCACUCAAGCUCUGUAACAUCCCCCUGGAGGAUCUGACAGACUACAAGAUGAGCUACGUGGCCCACCCCGUGGAGAAACGCUAUGUGUAUGAGCCGGAGAAGUUCAGACCCUGUGAAAUCCCCUUUGAAAGCCUUACCACUCACAACGAGUCAUACCGGGGCCUGAUGGGGGAGCCAGCCAAGAGCUUGAAACCUCCAGCCAGGCCUAGUGCGCUAGACACGCCGUUCUCUAACACCAGCGAAUUUCGAGAUAAGUACCAAGCUUGGCCAACGCCCCAGAUGUUCUCCAAAGCUCCCGCCACCUAUGUCGCUCCUGAAGAAAAGAUGGACCUUCUGACGACAGUGCAGGCCCACUACACGUACCCUAAGGGUGCCCCAGCUCGGUCCUACCGACCGGUGCUCUCGGUCAAGAAGGGUGGCCGCUUUGAAAGUUCCACCACGACCAAAGAGGACUUUAAGCAGUGGGCCAGCGUGCAGACCAAGCCAGUCAAGCCCAUCCCACAGCUGAAACUUCCCACCGAGCCCUUGGACCACCUGACCACCACACGAGCCCACUAUGUGCCCUGCCCUCCCGUCACUACCAAAAGCUGUAAGCCCACCUGGUCUGGCCCCCGAGGGAAUAUCCCUGUGGAGGGCCGGACCACAUAUACCAUCAGCUUUACUCCUAAGGAAAUGAGCAGGUGCCUGGCUUCAUACCCUGAGCCUCCCGGCUACAUCUUUGAGGAAACAGAUGCUUUGGGGCACAGAAUAUACAGGCCAGUUUCCCAGACAGGCUCUCGGCGGAGCAGCCGUCUUUCUGUAGGUGAUUCAGAAAAUCCUAACCAGCAGGAGUUGACAGUGUCAGCUUGA